UUCGAUUCAAUAUGUAUGCUUGACUUAGUGUGGUGCUAAUUGGCCAGAUGGCGGCGAAUCAAGAAAUCAUGGAUAAAGAUCGAUUGGUUACUACAACCGAGCAGGAUAUGUCUGAUGAGUUGAACUUGAAAACAAGAAAAUAUUUACGUGGUGAUGGUGCUAACUUGGAGACUUUACGAGAUAAAAAGUUGAAGGGCCAGCUUGCUGUUAGGGAAAAAUUAUAUAGCCAGUCUGCAAAAGCUGCUGCCAAGGCAGAGAAGUGGCUAAUGCCUACAGAUGAAGGCUAUUUGGAACCUGAGGGUUUAGAGAAAACAUGGAUGGUCAAGCAGGAGUCUAUAAUUCAUGAAGUGGAUGUUAUAAGUUCAAGAAAGCCAUUCGAUAUGAUUUUACCUGAAUUAGGUCCAUAUAACCUCCAAUAUGCAUCAAGCGGACGCUAUAUGUUGGUGGGAGGACGUAAAGGCCACCUUGCUAUGAUGGAUAUGAUGAGUAUGGAUCUGAUCAAAGAGUUUCAGGUUAGGGAGACUGUUCGUGAUGUUGUUUUCUUACACAAUGAGCAAUUUUUUGCAGUGGCUCAGAAAAAGUAUCCGUAUAUAUACAACAGACAUGGUACAGAAAUACACUGUUUAGAGGAGCAUGGUGCACCUUUAAAGCUUCAAUUUUUGGACAAGCAUUUCCUCCUGGCAUCAGUAAACAAGUUUGCACAACUUCAUUACCAAGAUGUGAGCACGGGUGUGAUAGUUGCCAAUUACCGGACGGGUCUUGGCCGUACUGACGUUAUGCGGGUGAACCCUUAUAAUGCUGUCAUUGGUUUGGGCCACUCAGGUGGUAAAGUCACCAUGUGGAAGCCCACAAGUGUGAAACCCCUUGUCACUAUGCUGUGCCAUCAUGGUCCUGUCACUGCAGUUGCCUUCCACAGUGGAGGCCAACUAAUGGCCACAGCUGGCAUGGACCGCAAGAUCAAGUUGUGGGACCUCAGGAAGUUUGGUGUACUCAAUACAUACUCGGGGCAUGCUCAGACCAUGGACUUCAGCCAGAAGGGCUUACUUGCCAUUGGAUAUGGAUCUCGAGUUCAAGUAUGGAGAGACUCAGGGAAUCAGGAAUAUGAGAAGUAUAUGAGCCAUGCUAUGGUGAAGGGAUACCAAAUAGGAAAGGUCUCUUUCCGACCAUAUGAAGAUGUCUUGGGUAUUGGUCACUCAAUGGGCAUAUCUUCCAUACUUAUUCCAGGAUCUGGUGAGCCUAACUUUGAUACUUGGGUUGCAAACCCGUAUGAGACCACGAAGCAAAGGAGAGAGAAAGAGGUUCAUGCUCUUCUCGACAAGCUUCAGCCAGAGACCAUCAUGUUGGAGCCAAGCAAGAUCGGCACUGUGAGGCCACCAAGGAGAAAAGAAAGACCGACCAAAAAGGAGACUGAGGAGGAGAUGGAGACUGCGGUUGAGGCUGCCAAGAGCAUUACGUUCAAGAAGAAGACCAAGGGCAGGAACAAGCCAAGUAAGAGGGCAGCAAAGAAGGAAGAAGAGGUUUUCAAGGCGAAGAGGCCAUUCUUGGAGCAACAAAUGAACAAUGAUAGACCCUUGAAGAAACAACGAAUAGCGGAGGCUGAAUUGCCGAAAGCACUGCAGCGGUUUUCUCGUAAAAAGGUGUCAUGAUUUUGGGACGGGCAUUUCACUUGCAGCAAUCAAUAGCUACUUCGAUCGAACCCUGUUGGCAGUUCUGAAUUUGAGUUGAUAAUGGUUCCAAUCGCGAUUUGAAUUGGAUGGCCAAUCAUACCAGACUCUCUCGAUCCACCUGCAUUUGGAAAUUUGGUUUUCCUUUUGAUCUUUGUAAUUUAAUCAGCUCUGAUGCAGCUGGAAACUCUUAUUACCAUUUUGCUAGAUUUUAAUUAGAAUCAUCUCUUUUUUGGAAAAAAAAUUCUAAGAUAUGGAUCUUGAAGGAUGACCCUCUGAUGUGAGGACAAUGGUUGGGGAAGAGAUGGUGGGAUGUAGAUGGGCGGGUUCCCCUUUUCGGUGUUAUGAUGCAGCUUAAAUUUCUUUUAGGGUUUUCCUGAGUCAAAUGUGUUUAUACUUAUAAAGCUUCUGAGUUCUGAUCAUGAGUUAUUUUCUUC